UGUCUUUUCAAGGGAAGAGGGGAUUUGAGUGGCUGGCCAUCUCUGCUAACUCCAAGGCAGUCUCAAGACCAACAAAAAAACAAAAAAAAAUACAUCAUGAAGCUAACAUUUACCUUCCUGGUGAUCUUUGUGGCAUCUUGGCCCCUGGUCCUCUGCAACAUAGAAGAGUCAAUUUUGGAAGAAUCUUCUCUCCCUCCGGUUCUGGCUGUAGGAAGUCGCUCGCGUUUUGCAGCUCUGGAUGACGUUCGUCUCCUGGCCAACGGUUUACUGCAGCUCGGCCAUAGUCUCCGGGAUUUCGUCCACAAGACCAAAGGCCAGAUCAACGACAUCUUCCAGAAACUCAACAUUUUCGACCACACCUUCAACCAGCUUGCUGUGCUGACCAACGAGAUCAAGGAGGAAGAGGAGGAAUUGAAAAAAACUACAGUGGUGCUUAAGGCCAAAAAUGACGAGAUCAAGAGCCUGUCGCUGGAAAUCAACUCCAAGGUGGAUAGCAUCCUGCAAGAGCGAACCCAGCUCCAGAGUCAGGUGGGCGGGUUGGAGGAGAAAUUGAGUGGCCUGUCUCGGGGCCUUGUGCCUACCGAGCAGCUGGCUGAGAUUAACACUCUGAAGGACGUGAUCCAAGCCCAGGAGAAAAGCAUUGCUGAGCUGCUCAAGGCUGUGAGAGAACAGAGCGAACAACUCAACAGCCAGAGGAGCAAGAUCAAGACUAUGGAAGAGAGGCUCAACUACAACCCUUUUAUGCAAGAGAGCUUUGAGAAACCCUUCGACCCGGAGGCCGUCUCACCCAGCCUUGGUGGCUAUCUGACCAACACCUCCACCAGUGGCAACUUGAACAUGGCAGAUCUCCCAUCACACUGCAGUGAGCUGUUCGACAGGGGUGAGAGAGCUAGCGGUGUGUACGCAAUCAGGCCUAACCAAUCAGAGCCUUUCAUGGUUUACUGCGACAUGGAUCAAGAUGGGGGGGCCACAGUGAUCCAACUAAGAAAGGAUGGGUCUGUGAAUUUUGACCAGAACUGGGAGAAGUAUGAAAAUGGCUUCGGAGACUUUCAAGGAGAGUUCUGGCUGGGCCUGAAGAAGAUCCACUCCCUGGCUAGUCAAGGGGACUCUUUCCUGGACAUCCAAGUGGUGGACUGGAAACAGGGCAAGCGCUUCAUCCAGUACAACUUCUCUCUGGAAGGACCCGAGACCCACUACACCAUCCACCUCACACAGGUGUCCGGAGAUCUGCCCGAUGCAACGAGCAACCACACAGGCAUGAUGUUCUCCACUAAGGACCAGGACAAUGACAACCUUGAAGGCUCCCACUGCGCCGAUACUCACACAGGUGGCUGGUGGUUGGAUGCCUGUGGGGAGGCCAAUCUCAAUGGGAGAUACGUCCAAGUGAGAUCCAGGGGACGUUCAGAACGCAGGAGGGGAAUCCCCUGGAAGCCCACCCGAGUGGCCUCUUACUCCCUUCAAUCCACCCAGAUCUCCAUUCGCUCCUCCCCCACCACUGGCGCCACCCCCAACACAAGCGACACCUCGAACACUAGCUCCACCCCCAACACUAGCUCCACCCCUACAACCUCAGAGACAGAAAACUUCUCCUGAGAACUAAAACUAGAAACAUGAAUAUGGACAGAAAAAAGACAGUGACCACUGUGACGGGUUCAAGAUCGCAAGGCCUUGAGGAGAUACUGAAAAUGUAGUUGGGUUGACGGCACAGUGGGACAAAGUUGAUUACAUAGGACUCUGAACAUCUCUUUAUCUGUUUAUCUCUUAGAAACAGUUUGACAGGGCUCUCUUCUCUUCAGCAUUAAAGACUGGGACACAACAAAUCAAAUUAAUUGCAAAAAAAUGUUUUAUACUAAACACAUGGUCAGGAUUUAACUGACGGUGCUUAUGUUGUUACAUGAAUUGUAGGAGUGCAAAAUGGUCUUGUUUAAGGAACUGUAUUUCACACUAUAAAAAGGUGGUUGGUAUUCAUACCUGAGAUCUGCACACAAACCUAAUAAAUAUAGUAUGUGGGCAAAACAAAAAUGUGAGUUAAGAAUGCAGCUCAGACUGGUUUCUGUCAUGGAGCAGAUUUGGAUCGACAACAAGCAGGCAUCCACUUAUAAAAAACAAGUUAUCAUCGGGAUCUUAUCUCACAUUGACUCCCAGCGCAGCUGCACUGUAAAUACUGUUUUAUGUUUGUUUUGUUUUUUACAUUUUUACAAUCCUUGAAAAUUAAUAGACACUGCAUGGGUGGUUCUGGAAUCAUGACAGUUCAAAUAGAAAAAGAGAGGAGGAUGUUGGCCUCUUUAGGUAAACAAGAAGAAUGGCCUUCAGGGAGGUUAAUGCCACAUGGUGAGUGGCUCACAGAUUAGGCCUGCAGAACUACUGGUAACUCACUUCAGUUGUGGGGAUCUUGAGGGAUUUUCGUAAAACAGUAAUUUAACAACCUUUUUUUCAAAUGUAGUAUUCGUUUUGUAUCUCUUUAUGCAUACUGUAGAAGAGUUUCUGAAGCAGUGGUUCUUUAAUUUAUGGGGGUUGGGUACCCCUUUUGUCAAAGCAAGUUCAUCAUCAUCAUCAUCAUCUAGCCAAGGAUCUACUGCAGUACCUCGUUGGCGGUCCAUUCAGGGACAUAAAAAACAGACUGAAGUACCCAAACGGGACACUAGAUGUCAGAAUGGAUUAAAUAAAUCUGGAUUAAAUUCU